UGUAGGUGGCGGUAAAUCUCGGAGUUGUUGUUUGCGGACCUGUGUCCAACAUCAGGUAGAAGAAGAAGACAAAGGCGAGCGGAGAAGAAGACGGUACACGAUUAACGUCCAAAAUACUCUACCAGAGAUGGGAGAUAGUGAUGAUGAGUAUGAUCGCAGAAGAAGGGACAAAUUCAGACGGGAGCGAAGCGACUAUGACCGUUCAAGGGAGAGAGAAGACCGACGUAGAGAUGACUGGAAUGAAAGGGAAUGGGACAGGGGCAGAGAACGGCGUAGUCGUGGAGAGUACCGGGAUUAUGACAGGGGGCGGAGGGAGAGAUUCAGCCCACCCAGACACGACAUGAGUCCCCAGCAAAAACGCAUGAGAAGAGACUGGGAUGACCAUGGUGGAGACCCCUAUCGAGGGGGAUAUGAUUUGGGUUACAGUGGUGGAGGAGGACCCAGCUAUGGUCCCCCACAGCACUGGGGACAUCCUGAUAUGCACUUAAUGCAGCCGCAUCAUGGCAUCCCAAUUCAAGCAAGGCUUGGUAACAUUCAUGACUUGGAUUUGGGUCCUCCCCCUCCUAUAAUGAAGACCUUCAAGGAGUUUCUGCUGUCUCUUGAUGAUUCUGUGGAUGAGACUGAGGCAGUCAAACGCUACAAUGAGUACAAGAUUGACUUCCGCCGACAGCAGAUGCAGGACUUCUUUUUGGCUCAUAAAGAUGAAGAGUGGUUUAGGACCAAAUAUCACCCGGAUGAGACCAGUCGACUUAAGGCAGAGGCCCAGAGUGCCCUGCAAAACCGCCUGAAUGUCUUCACCUUUCUGAUGGAGAAUAGUUGGUUUGAUAAUGUCUCCCUGGAGAUAGAUCAGACCCCAGCCAUCAUUCGAGUUCUCGAUGCAGCUGUGAUUAAGAUGGAAGGAGGGACAGAUCAUGAUCUUCGCAUCUUGGAUAUGCCAUCUGAAGAAGAGGAGGAGAAGGAAAAAGCAGCCUCUGCUUCAGCAGGUUCUGAACCUCUCAAGAGGGAAGACAUCAAAGGCUUGGAUGGUGACCGCAAGCCCUCAGUAGAAAAAGACAAAAAUGAGAAGGAGGAGAGUGACUCUGCCAACACUGAAAAGACUGCUGCAGCCGAAGGGGAUGGUUCAAAAGAAGAGGCUGAGAAACAAACAGCCAAAGAUGAAAUGCCUGAACCCAAGAAGAGGAGAAAGAGGAAGCGCAGUGGUGACAGUGACGAUGAAGGCAGCGCCUCAGAGAGCGACUCUGACUCAGAUUCAGACUCAAACUCUAACUGCUCUGACAAAUCUGCGAAGAAUGAAGUUGAAGACAAGGAUGAAGACGAAGAGGAGGGUGAAGAGGAGAAACCAAAGAAUUCUGAAGAGGAGAAGAAGGAAGAAAAGAAGCCUAAAGAUGACUCUCCCAGACCUCGGCCUCUUCACAGGACUUGUUCUUUGUUUAUGAGGAGCAUUGCUCCCACCAUCUCCAAGGCUGAGAUUAUAGCUCUUUGUCGGCGCUUUCCGGGAUUUUUGCGUGUUUGCUUAUCUGACCCCCACCCAGAACGGAGGUUUUUCAGGCGUUGUUGGGUAACAUUUGAUCGUAGUGUCAACAUCAAAGAGAUUUGCUGGAACCUUCAGAACAUUCGACUGCGAGACUGUGAGUUAGCACCAGGGGUGAACAGGGACCUGGCUCGGAGGGUGCGUAAUGUUAAUGGCAUCACUCAGCACAAGCAGGUGCUCCGCAAUGACAUCAAGCUGGCUGCCAAGCUCAUCCAUGCUUUGGAUGAGAAAGGAGAUCUGUGGAGCCACAAGUCCCAAGAAGAGAGGCAGAGCACCGAGCUGCCAGCUCAGAACCCCAUCUUGAAGAACAUCACAGAUUAUCUCAUAGAGGAGGUGAGCGCUGAGGAGGAGGAACUUUUGGGCUCUGGCAGUGGGAUGGAUCCUGAAGAGGGCAUCAAAGAAGGAAACCCUGCAGAGAUAACUGUGGAACGCGAUGAAAAGCUAGUCAAGGUUUUAGAUCGUCUGCUCUUGUACCUGCGUAUUGUCCAUUCAAUUGAUUACUAUAACUCCUGUGAAUACCCCAGUGAGGAUGAAAUGCCCAACCGCUGUGGCAUGAUCCAUGUUCGGGGACCCAUUCCUCCAAACCGCAUUACACACGGAGAGGUUCAACAAUGGCAGAAGAUGAUGGAGGAGAAGCUGAGUCCCUUAUUCAGUUUAAAAGAAAUCUUAUCUGAUGACGAGGCGGGGAAGAUGGGCCGCAAGGAUCCUGAUGAGGAGGUGGAGAAGUUUGUGUUGGCCAACACUCAGGAGCUGGGGAAGGACAAAUGGCUCUGCCCACUGAGUGGCAAGAAAUUUAAGGGGCCAGAAUUUGUAAGGAAGCACAUCCUGAACAAGCACGGUGACAAAAUUGAAGAAGUGAAAAAGGAAGUGGCAUUUUUCAAUAAUUUCCUAAUGGACGCUAAGAGACCGUCGCUGCCAGAGAUGAAACUUCCACCUCUUCCCAUUCCAGGUCAAGGUUUGCUUUCGCCCACCUUGCCAUUUCCUCCUCAAGGUCCUCAGGGUCCGUUGGGCUUUGGGCAGCCUCGUCCACCACUCAUGGGCUAUGGAGGCGGACCUCCCUACCCCCCCAACCAGUACGGAGGAGGUAGAGGAAACUAUGACAGCUUCCGUGGGCAAGGUGGCUACCUGGGGAAGCCACGCAACAUCAGGUGAGACCACUAAUGUCACGAGGUGAUCCACGCAACAUCAUUGAAUAUCGUGACCUGGAUGCCCCAGAUGAUAUGGACUUCUUUUAGAAGGUCCACUCUGUCCUUUCAGUCUUAAAUCUUUACCAGUCAGUUUUCUUUUUAAAAUUUUCAUUGUCUAAAGGGUGCAAACAGGGGCUGUAAACAUGUUUCUCAAUAAAGUUGUGACCUCAUUAAAUGAA